UAGCAGCCGCGUAGGAGAAGGAUUGAACGGCAACAACAAAUAUGGAGGUGCCUCUGUUUAACUUCACACCGGAGAGGUACUGGACGGAGGAGAAAGAGAGGGCGCUCAUAGCGUUUUUCUCCAAGCAUAGUUGUCUGUGGAACCACAAGUCAGAGAGCUACAAGAACCGACAGCUGCGAUGGAAGACCCUGGAACACCUGAGGAUCCUUCUGUCAGCUCACCCCCCACCUGUUACUUUCACAGUGGAAGACAUUAAGAACAAGUUUAAGAACCUUCGUACCACCUUUCAGCGUCAGUACAAAAUGGUGAAGGCGAACAAGGUGUGCAGAUCGGACGACGUGUUCCUGCCGCAGUGGAAGCACUACCAGCAGCUGAUGUUCCUGCAGGGCUGCUGGGACCAGGACGACGAUCAGCCACUCUCGCUGCUGACUGUUCCACAGGAGGAGAGCCAGCCAAUCCUCACCUCCCCGGGGCUGAACAUCUCCUUCCUCCCCACCCUGUCCACCUCUUCGUCCUCCUGCAUCCCCUCCAGCAUGAUGGUUAAAUGUUAUUGGACUGAAGAGAGGGAACGUGCACUAAUAGCUUUCUACUCUGAACAUAACUGUCUCUGGAACAAGAAGUCAGAAAACCACAACAACCGUCAGCUCAGACUAAGGCUGCUGGAGGCUCUGAGGAUGCAGCUGUCUGACCAUUCAGUGUCUUUCUCAGUUGAAGACAUGAAGUGCAAGUUCAAGAACCUUCGGACAGUUUUCAACCGUGAAUACAAGGCGGUCCAGGCUAGCAGGGUGUCUGACAAACCCUAUGUUUCCAAAUGGAAACACUAUCAGCAGCUGCUCUUCCUGUGCGAGUCCUGCGACGAAGACGACAGCCCAGAUGACCUACAGAUACUCAUGCCACAAGACGACAUGGAUCUGGAACAUGGAAACCAAACACCCUCUUCCACCCUGAGCAGCUUCUCCUCCAGCUCCGCCCAAAUCAACAACAUCAACUUCGAUAAACUCUCUGUUCCCUCCAGCGAUGCCAACACCAGCCCCGCAUACCAAAUCUUCCUCUCUGCGUCUCCAGAUAAUCUCAAACAAGCCAGCCAAACAACUGCUUCCACAUUCCCUGCCACUCCAUCGACUUCACUACCAGACACCAAACCUUGUAUAAACCCCUCCCCUCUAAAUUUUGCCGGUUCAGUUCAGCCUGACAGCAGACUGAGCACCAACUCCCGCUGUCACUGGAAUGAGGCCAAAGUUCAGCAGCUCAUAUCAUAUUACUCUGGGCACAGCUGUCUGUGGAACCACAAGUCAGAAAGCUACAGGAAUAGGCUGUUGAGACAGAGCCUGUUGGAGACGCUGAGCAGCCUCCUGUCUGACAAUGAGCCAGUCCCUUUCACAGUGGAAGACAUAAAGACAAAGUUCAGGAACCUGCGAACCAUCUUCCAACGAGAACACAAGGUGGUGAGCUCAAACAAAACAUGUGGUUCGGAGGACUUUUACCUUCCAAAGUGGAAACACUACCGCGAGCUGAUGUUCCUCUGUGACUCCUGCGAUGAGGACGAGCGACCAGAAGACCUCCACUUCCAUGAACCGCAUGAGUCCAGUCUCCUCCACCUGGACAGCCAUGCUCUUGCCAGCCAUUACUACAGCGCUAACCAAACUGCUACCAAACUGAACAUAACCUCAGGUAGCCUCAAAGCUCCUCCCUCGCCCACUCCCCCAGACUCACAGCACUCCUCCCCGUCCUCUUCCCCCUCUACAUCCUCCUCUUACACUGACAGCAGAGUGUCUGGACGCAAGCGAGCAAGCCGUCGUCUCAAGCCCCCCUCCAGCGAGGUGCUAGACAUCAUGAGGACGUUCUGUCAAAGCCAGAUGGUGUCAGCGCAUGCAGGGUUCCUAAAGUAUGUGGAGGAGUGUCUGAACGAGACGCCGCCAGACAAAGUGAAGAAACUGAAAAAGAAGAUAAUUGAGACGAUCCACAGCGUGUCAGAGGAGGUUUAAUGUUUCACAGUUUGUGGAGCUCAAAUCAGUCUCACCAAGGUUUUAUUUUUGUCUUAUUCCAAUAGCUUUCUAAUAGCUAUGAUACAAUUUUUCACCAGCUGUCAUCUCAUUCCAUUGGACCCUGUUAGAACCUGUAUGAGGUUCUAACAGGGUCAGCAUCUGUCUCCAAAACCUCUGCAAUCCACACAAUGAAGAGCAUGUUAUGAUAAAGCCCUCUACACAUAUUCGUGGGAGAAUUGCUUUAGCUAGCGUAAACUGUAGUUUACCUGUAGGGAGAGCAAAGACACCAGCCUGCCAAACAUUUCAGCAGCACUACCUUUGGAAUUUACACCCCACAGCUAAACUCUGUUUGGGCCAUCCACACGGAAACGUUUUUAUGUGCAAACGCACAUCUUUUGCAUCGUUUGGGCCGACCAUCCAAACGAAUCCUGUAAACGCACUGCCUGAAAACGCACUUUUUUGAAACCUGUCUCAGGGUGAAAAAAUUCGAAAACGGCUCUCGUUUAGCUUCGUUUGGACGGCAAAUACGAAUACGACCCCGUAUCGAUGAUGUCAUCGCCACACCCCUCGACCUCUUACCCGCACUAGUGCUGGUGCACGCCGGUCACACACGACUGUGGUGAAGCUAAGCGAGCAUAUCCCAUCUCCAUGGUCAAACCUGUUCACUUCAUCUAAAUACUUUGUCUCUGCUCCCUGACACUUCCCUCUGCCCUGCCGGUCCUGGAUUCUACACAAGAUAUAUUGCUAACGUUAUGUAGCCAACGUUAAACAUCGCCAAAGUAGCUGACCGCUAGAGCAGCGACGUAGCUAGCGUUAGCUGCUAUGGUUGUUUAUAAAGUGGAAGUAGACAAUUUAUUAAAUAGCUAGCUAAUCUGUCUGCUUAUCAGCUCCUUGAACGGAUUAUAGUAACUUUUACCACGGAUUAUUAUAGAAAGGCUACCGCCAGAAAACCGUAGAUUAUCAAAAAGACAUCAUUCAUGGAUCAUUGAUGUUUGUUUGACUGCCGACGGUAGCUAGCAGAGCUAACGUUAGCUCUGCUAGCUAGCGCGCUGCAAUCAUGUCCGAUGGCAGACAGAAUUGCCAAAUAAAAAGCAAUCCAACUGCAUAUUAUACAAUGUAAACAAAGACGUUUUCUUGCAGCGGCCUUUAUAAAAUGAGCAGUGGUGAAAGUUAUUAUAGUCCAUGGAUAUAUUAACAGAACGUUAGCCUAAGUAGUCAUGUUAUGAUGGGAAGUGGAAGUAACUAUGCUCUUCUUCUCCGUUUUUGGGUGAAUUUCUGUCGCAGAAACAGCGCCUGAUAGGAUGUGAUUCCUAUAGGCCUGGAAUAUGAAGUAGCGUAUUGAGUCAUUUACAAAUGGAUUCGUUUGGACGCAACUAUUCUUGAAACGAAUCCAGGGAAGACGGGUAAAAAAAAGAUCGUUUUGGUACGUGUGGACGUGGCCUUAGUUUUGACCUUGUGUGUCAGCGAUGUUUCAUUGUAAACCUAAUCAGAUGAAGGCUGUCCACAAUGUAACCUUAAUGCUACCCGUUAUGGACAAAAAGCUAAUUCCGUAUUUUAGAGCUCCCCGUAGUGUAAAACGCCACCAUAAAAUCACAACCCACUCUUUGUAGGAAGACUACAGCAUAGAUGAAUGUCAGCAGACAGGGCUACCAGGUGUGAAUGGGCAGAUCAUAAAGAAUGGCACUUAUCAACUACAAACACCACCUUCAAAUUACACUACAAUGUAUGCAGGAAUGUCAUUCACAAAAAUUACAUUUAGCCAUCUUUGCAUUAAUAGCAUAAAAAUAAUGGACAAACUUUAAAAAGAAGAAAAAUGAAGGGUCUGUCCCAAUCCAUCUAUAAAUUCAGGACUCUCCAGUUGUUCCAGCGGCACUCUGGCUGGCAGCAUUCCGGCCGUCCAUCACGCAUGCGCAAAAGAGGGCACACGCAGCACACUGGCGUACAGAAGUAAACAUGGAGGCCACUAAUGUCACUCGCAGUAGGCUGGCUUACGGGAGUAAUCAUUGAGACCGCAGCGCAUAAAGUUAGCUUCACUACUUCCAUGUCUACCCUUCACAAUAAAAGCCCAACUUAAAUUUGCUCACAGCAUUUUGCUAAGAGGCAACUCAAUAAAAUAGCUCACUAUGCUAACAACAUUUUUGUAAACACUAGAUAUCAAACAAAAAGCCAGACACUCUAUCAUAUUAAGUUGCUGUAAGCUGUAAUACCACUUAUAAGCAGAAGAUAAUGUCAUCUCCUGGGUAAGGCCUCUCUUACUCUGGGCAGCUGCUUCACCUUGGGUCCAGGUUCUGUAAGUGUACUAACUUAUAACACUUAACACAUUACCGCUGCCAAAAUACCUCCGCCAAAAUCCAUACUUUAAUGUUACUUUAUAACUUUAUAAGCCUGUUUUGAGAUUAACAGCUCUGCUAAAGUGUUAAAUUUGUUAACGAUAAUAAUAAUGAGACAAGUCAGCACAGCCAUCAUUUAACGCUGACUGUGGUGAUAUCAACAUGCAAUAUUGAUGAAAAAAACAAACUAAAAUGUAGUUUGCAAAAUAAAAAUUCAUUCUAGUUUCAUGCCUUUCACCUUUUCAUCCCCUCUGUCUGUCUGUCUCUCUCUCUCUCUCUCUCUCUCUCUCUCUCUCAAGCACAAACACACUCACAUCGCUGGCGCCACCUAUGUCCGUCUCUGUAUUCGGUCUGGUUCCGGUGUUUGAUUAAUGCAUAUUUUUGCGGAUUGGCUCUCAUAACAAGCAAGAGUAUUUAUUAUUAUUAUUAUUGAGAGGACUCGGAGUGACUGCAAAGCUGCAUUUUCAAUCAUUCAACCAGGGGUUAAAGUGGGCUGGAAACCAUCCAAGGAACUGCCCUCGGGCACUUUUGAUUAAGAAGUAAAUUAAUCUAAUUGGCAGUUCCAUACAUUCGAGUUUUAUACUGCACUGGUACAUGCCAUGAGUUCAUGAAUGUGGAUAGUUCACACAUCUGUAAUAACAGCAGAAUAUUUGGAGUGCUUAGUUCACAUGUCUAAUAACAGCAGGACAGUUGAAGUGCUUGGGUCCACAUAACUGUAAUAACAGCAGGACAGUUGAGUGUCUGUUAUCUAAAAUACUACAGUCAGUUUUGAAGUGAGGAUAACGUUGGUAGGCACCUGUGUUUUUCAUCAGAUAAUGAUAAGAGACUGUAUGUCAGAUAAAAUAAGUUUCACUAAAAUGACUUAUUAGUAUUGGCGAGACUGUUGUUCAAUAUAAUUAUUUAUUGGAAUGAAUGAUUUGGGCACUACUCGCAAAUACAGCAGAUGUUAGUAUUGGGAUGGACCCUAAAAGUAUACAGCCUGUGAGGCUGUAAUGCUCAUCACACACCAGAAAACUGUCGGAGGAAAGAAAAAAAGACUUUGCUGUUUUUAAGGCUCAAAUUCAGUGUAAACUGGUCUUUUUCUGCAUCAAGUGGUCAUUCUUGUUGCAUUUAGUUUGCUAGCAUGUUACAGUUCAGUCAUCCAGUAACAUGCUAACAGCAUAUACUAAUGUGACCAUAGGCAACGCAAAUGGGGCAAAAAAUGUGUUUUAAAUUUAACAUGCAUAAGUUAGCAUCUCAGUCAUAAUAGAGGCAUGAACCAAAGUGUUUGACAAGUGGACAUUUUUAUCUGUUGGUGGAAGAAGACAGGUCAGGAUCACCAAAACCACGUUGUUCGGGACCAUGUUGACUGACAUUUUUGUAUGGAUACCGCUUUUAAUGGUAAAACCACACCUGAAUUUCACCUAAAUUCAAUAGAUGACAUAUUCUUGAAGCACAACAGUAUUUUAAAAUAGGUUGUUGACUGUUUUUGCCAAAACUUCCUCCAGAGAGCCUUUCCAAAAAAUAAAAAAAAUAAAAAAUUCUUUUAACUUCAGCUUCAUUCCCUGUGCUCAAACUACAUGUUUGUCCUACUGUGUGGUUUUAAUGUCACGGUGAGUUUAUAUAAAUGCAUUUUUAAAGACAUGUUUUAAUAUUCAGGACUGUAUUUACAGUAAAAUGUUACAGAAUUUAGUCAUAAAAGAAUGUUACACUUUUGUUUUCUGAAGUGCUGAAAUUCAGAAAGGAUGAUCGAACAAAUGUCUGACCUGUAAUGUGACCCUUUCAUUUAUUAGUGUUAGCCCUUAUGUCACAAAACUAAUUUGGAAAUGUUGAGUUGGAAACCCUGCACUGUCAGUAGGAAAUGAUAACAUAUAAUGUAAAAUUGUAAUCAAACUUAACAUUGUAAUGUG